CCCUGCUCAAGGCCACAUGCUCCCGCUCCUAGACCUCACCCACAAACUAGCACUAUACGGUCUCACCAUCACCAUAAUAAUCACACCAAACAAUCUCUCAACCCUCGAACCCCUCUUAACAACCCACACAACAACCAUCCAUACACUUACGCUCCCUUUCCCUUCUCACCCCAACCUCCCCGCAGGUGCAGAAAACGUCCGUGAGGUUGGUAACACUGGAAACUACCCCUUCAUCAACGCCCUCUCUAAACUCCAAACCCCAAUCAUCCAGUGGUUUAGAUCCCAAACCAACCCCCCUUUGGCUCUCAUCUCUGAUUUCUUCCUUGGAUGGACUCAACAAAUCGCUGACAAAAUCGGUAUCAAGAGAAUUGCAUUCUUCUCCUCCGGCGCCUUCCUCACCGCCGUCUCCCACCACUGCUGGCGGAACCUCCUUCCCCUUCCGCCACAAACCAGAGAGUUUGAGUUCCCUGGCCUCCCCGGAACACCAUCGUUUCCGCGGGAGCAUCUUCCUUCCAUUUUCCUCCGAUACAAGGAUUCUGACCCGGACGCCGAGCUGGUCAAAGAGGGAUUCGCAUUUGCGAAUCCCACAAGCUGGGCAUCGGUGUUCAACACGUUCCAGGCCUUGGAAGAACCAUAUUUGAACCACCUUCGAGCUGGCUUAAAACCCGGAAGGGUCCUUGCUGUCGGCCCGUUGGGUUUCAAUCGGGCCGACCAGAGCCUGAACGAAAAAGGACAUGACACUUUGCUGAGGUGGUUGAAUAAGUGGGAGGAGGGUGCAGUUUUGUAUGUUUGCUUUGGGAGUCAGAAAGUGUUAUCAAAGCAACAAAUGGAAGGGCUUGCUUUAGGAUUGGAAAGAUCGAUGAUCCCAUUCGUUUGGGUCGUGAAGGAAGGGUGCGGACCCGUACCAGAUGGGUUUGCUGAACGGGUUUCGGGUCGUGGUCUUGUGGUGAGGACCUGGGCUCCGCAGGUGGUGAUUUUGGGCCACCGGGCCGUGGGCGGGUUCUUGAGCCACUGUGGGUGGAACUCGGUGCUGGAGGCUGUGACGGAGGGAGUCAUGAUUCUUGGGUGGCCCAUGGAGGCUGACCAGUUCGUGAACGCCAGGCUAUUGGUGAAAGACAUGGGGGUGGGCGUGACGGUGUGCGAGGGGGCCAGUUUGACACCCGAUCCGGAUGAGUUGGGCCGGGCCAUUGCAGGCACGAUGGGGCCGGAAAACCCACGGAGGAGGAAGGCAAAGUGGUUGAGGGAGGAAGCCGCGAAGGCUGUUGGAAAUGGUGGGCAGUCCUCUAAGGAGUUGGAUGAACUCGUAGAGCUCUUGGUGCUGCUCAGUGUAAAGGAGGAACGAUGCUGAUGCAGGUCUUGAUACUCCAAAGUGAUUUGAAGUUUGUUUGGAAGACGGUGAAAUGAUCUUGAGCUCUGUUUAUAUUUUGCUUAGAUUUCUCUCUUUCUUUAUUUUGAAAAAUUUUAUGAUGUAUAUGUAUUUCAUUUUGAAAACUUGCUUAUAGAAGCCUUGAUGUAAUUAUUGGCAAAAAUAGAAAAUAUUGUUGUCAACUGCUUUCAUCAUUGUAAUCCUAGUCAACCUAAUCUUCGCCGGUCAUGACUAGUGGCUAUAUAUA